AGCGACACCGCAUCAAAAGCCUUGAAGAAAUGAUAUUGUGUCGACUCGUUCUCAGCAAGAAAUCAAGGUGGAGCUCGCUCGUGGUCGACUCAAUGGGAGGCCCAGACUCAGACUUGCAUUCUUCUCAGGCGUGAUGGAGCGGACAUAGCAAGGCCACUCGAGGUCUACUCCUACUCCCACUGUCUCUGGACUCGUGACCUACCGAGCUUGAAUCGCACCAGCAGCAUCUCCAGCAAUGGGCUCCCAGCAUGAGUUCUACCUCAUCGCCAAGAUCAGGCCACACGGCGGCGGCAAGGCCACCUACCGCUGCAUAGGCGCCCUCUGCGCGCAGUGGUACCACGGGUCGAUGCCCGUAUCCGCCGCACGGCGCGCCAUCCAGCUCUUCCGCGUCCCCGACAACGCGCAGAUCGUGCAGGAAGAGCUGCGCGCGAUCGAUGGGAAGUACGGCCCUCACGGCAGAGAGGAGCCCGUCAUCCCACAUCGGCCAUGCCCCUACACGCUCUUCCUGCUCAAUCUCGCCGUACACUCGAGUUUUGAACCAGGGGACUACUUCAUCGCGAUCUCGGGCUCGCACCGGGCGGCUGGAUCCGCACGCGAGGGCAUCUCCAGAUUGGGCUGUACCGUGUUCGAUGUGACGGAGGCGGGGAAUCCGGCAUGUUCCCAGAACCUCGGAAGCCCGCUUCGAUAUCUGAAGGAAACGGAGCGCCGAGUGUAUAGGAGCCUCCAAGGGAAGAACGAGAGUGAGCUGGACGAAUACGCAUUGUACGUCAAGAAAUUGGCGGACUUUGUCAGCGACGUGCCGGUGAUUGAGGAAGAGCAUCUCCAGGAGACAUGGUCCAAGUCGUCGAACGGGGAUCCGAGUGCGGAUGGUAGACUGGGUGCAGUCGAAGGAAGUGUCGUGGCGCCGAGCAUCCCCUCCCUCACCGAUCUCACACUCGGGCCGUCCGUCAAGCAGGCCCUGGAGGCAGGUGAUCUCGACAGCAUCGCACCCAUCCUCGAUCAAGGCGAAAAGAGACCUCGCAUUCUGGACAUCGUUCGCGGCUUGUCCCCUUUCCUCGACGCCGCCAUCCCAGUUUUGAAGGAGCUUCUCACUCAAAUGCAGUCUGACAUCGCAGGGCUGCAACUCACGGGCGCGCAGCUCGUGAAGUACCUUGGCAGCGGACCUGUCGAUGUGCUGGAUCUUUCAGGGAAUGCCGCACUGGACGACGACGGUCUGCAAGAGCUACUCAUCCACAUCCGCCCCAUCCGCCGCCUUGUCCUCUUCCGAACAGCGGUAUCCUCGGACGGGCUGCUCGCGCUCUUGUCGGACGCGCCCACCCUCUUUUACCACGUCUCCGAGCUUGUGCACCCCGCGCUCCUGGACUGGCCGAAAGAGCCCUACGAUUCCAUCAGUCCCGCCUUCACUCUCGAGGCGCAUACCGCGGGCACCGCCCUCCCCGGCAUCGGCGCAGUCUGCAUUCCCAUGCUCUCCCCCGACCUCCUCCUGCGCGGCAUCACGCACUUCGUCCGCGCCUGCCUCCGGAAGGGCAGCGAGCUGCAGACUGGCGCGGGCGACGCAGCACUCGAGGCGGCCAUCACCGCGGGCGCGUGCGAGGACUGGGCGACGCGCAGCGUGUGGUGCACGCCUGCCCCCGUGAAGUAUCGCGGCGAGGGCACAUGGGGUCUGGCGCUGUACUGGAAGCCGCGGACUUCCGCAGACAUUCCUGGUCUGGAUACGUCCAACGGUCGCAGGCCUACAGACCAGGAGUUUACCGAUGCGUACAACGCCAAUCCGGAGAUCCUCAUCAGCGUGCCGACGUAUGGCUUCUUGAACGAAGACUGGCUGCAGGAGGGCAUAACGGACGAAAUUUGGGAUGCGCGAACAUUCUUGCGCGAGCUGAUGAAAGACGGGAAGGUUGGACCAGGAGGUGCGGAGCUCAAAGCUGAGGGCGGGAGACCUGCUUUGUCCGAGGAUAUUACCCGCGAAUUCCUGGAAGUCUUCGACGAACUGGAGAGAAAGGCAGGUGUCCUGAGCAUGGAGGAGUUCAACGAGAUGGCCAUGCAGAAGGUUAUGUAUCAGUCAAUCAGGGAAUUCCACUGAUCGGGAGUGUUCUUGACUGCCUUGUCGGUCGUCUAUAGCGUAGUAUCUUGCUCAGUAACAUAUCUACAUCUUCUAGUCUCAGCUGUCUCGAGAUAGCGGGAAGGUUUCUUCACAAAGCUCAC